AUGUAAAAUAAAAUAUUUAAUUAUAUAUUUUAAAUAUUAAUUAAAAGAAUAUUAAAAGUAAAUACCAUUUAAUAAUAGAUCAAUCUGAUUUUUUCAUAUAAAAGCUUGAAAAAUAAUUAAUUGAUAAUAAUAAAAACUAUUUAAAUUAAGCAAAAAAAAAUUAUCUAAUAUAUAUUUAUAUAUUAAGAAAAAUCUAAUUUUUUUGGUAAGAUAUUAGAAUAAAAAGAAAAUUUAAUCAGAAGAUUAACUUAAAAGGCAAAUAAUAUCUUUGUUUAAAGAUUAUUUUAAAAAGCAAAAUUAUCCAUUUUUUUAAGUUUAAAUAAAUUAAAUGGAAACUAAAAAUAAUGCAAAAGAGUGGAGCUUCAUAGAUUAAAAUUAGUAUUAAGGUUACUUUUUGAUUUAAGAAGAUGGAGUAAUUAAAGAUUAUAAGUAUGUUUUUUGUGA